CGGGACCCUAGGAGAUGGCAGAGGACGGCCCCUGGCACGGGGCUUGGCUCACAGUAACCCCAAAUAAAGGGCAGCGGCUCUUACGACCACCCAGAAUGUAUGUGCUUAGCGCACAACAAAUGGAACCGAUUGUUAGGUUUCAAGAAAAGAAAUAAUAAUAACUCGAGAGAAGACGUAAGCCAAGAAGCAGGCUGAGCAGCCCCAGGAGAAGGGGUGCUAGACGGCUGCUGUCACCAGGGGCCUGACGAGGAGGUGAGGGAGGCUGAGACGCCCGGCCUGAAGCCAGACCACAUCCAGGUCCCAGUGGCGCUGGCAGACACCCCUUGUCCAUGCCCAGGCCCUGAGCUGCCCCAUCCCCGCUGACUCCGCACCCAGAAUGGCCUGCGCUGAGGUCCUGCAGACGCCAGAACCAGAGCAGCCCCAGCCCAUCUCCGCAAGAGCCACCCCCACCACCCCUAAGGCCGCGGACCCUGCUGGGGCGCACUGGGGCUCCGCGGAUGGCGGCUUGGAGUGCCUGGUGUGCCGGGAGCCCUACACCUGUAUCCGGCCGGCCAAGCUGCUGAGCUGUCAGCACUCCUUCUGUGCGGUCUGCAUCAAGCUCCUGCUGUGUGUACGGGACAGCACCUGGUCUGUUACCUGCCCACUGUGCCGCCAAGCCACCUCUGUCCCCGGGGGCCUCGUCUGCAGCCUGCGUGACCAGGAGACCGUAAGGGGGUGGCCGGGCCGGCCGGACCUGGAGUGGCAGCUCUGUCCUCAGAAGCUGGCAGACUCUGCCACCUCAGCAGCGUGGCCCCCCGGCUCGGUGGGAGAGGAUGGGCGGGAUGUGGUCAGCGCCAACCGCAUGGCAGCCCGGCGCCUGGCAGCACACUUGCUCCUACUGGUCUUGCUCAUCAUUCUCAUCCUGCCCUUCAUCUACCCUGGCGCCGUCCGGUGGGUGCUUGCCUCCGUUAUCACCUUGGCCCUGCUUAUGUCCUCCCUAUUCUGUUGUCACUCCGGCAGCCAGGGUAGCUGCUGGGCCUCCCCCGGGACUCUUUUCUGCAGAGGACAGAAACACAGUGAGAUCUCUUCCAUCGCCUGAGUGCGCUCCAAAGAGAGGGCACCUGCUGCCUCUUGGGCCCCAUUAGGCUCACAGUGAACAGGUGAAGGGGCUCUGACCUAAGGCUGCUUCCCUUGGGGGAUUAAGUACCAGCUGGACUCACAGGCCAAAGCCAGGGGGCUGCGUUGGGUCAAGAACGACGUGCCUGGUUGAUAGACUUAUGUUUGCCCAGGGCAUAGCUCGUCUAAACCGCGUGGGGUCCGGGAGGGGGCACAGAUUACUUGAACCCCACAAGGGGUCUCCUGUCCCUCUUACUCUAAUGUUCCUGGCUUUUCUUUAUAUACGUUGGUGAACUUAUUGCAGAACAAAUAGAACCGAGACUCCUUUUUUGCAAUUUAUGUGGCUGGUUUUAUGUUCUCGCUUUGUUUUGGUUUGGUCUUUUGUGUUCGGGGCAGUUUGUUCAGCUCUGUGGCUGUGACACAUUUUUCCUCCUGGGAAGUUGGAGCCUGAGGGAAUCCACCUCGACAACAGUUCUGGUGGUUUGGGUGUCCCCCUGAGUCGCCCCCAGGGAUGCAGGGGGAGAAUUUGUGGGAAGGAGUUCUGAGGCCGCCAGGGGUCCCAUCUCGAGUCGGCAGAGUUGGGGGAGGGUGGACGAAGGGGAGUCUGGGAAUUGCUCUCAGCACUCCCACUGGAUUGCCCAGCCCCAUGUCAUUGGGCUCUGGCUUCACAGAGAAUCUCAGGGUUACAAGGACUCCUCUCACCCCCCGCCCAACAGCAGGUCCCACUGCCCAUCAGAUGUGCGGUCUCACGCUAUAGUACCAGCUCUCUACGGGUGUUGCUUUUCACGAUUGCUUUUCAAUUCCCAUCCGAGCUUUUGUCAUAAAGAUAAGAGGCCCCAUAAAUGCAAUGGUUCUUGACAAUAACCGAACCUCUCCCACCUCG